AUGAUUACCAGUGUCUCGAACCUAAUUCCUAAUUCGCCACUUUUGAGUCCUGGGUCUAGCAAGAUUGCUGAGCAUCACCUACUGUGUCGCUCCGGAGAGCAAAUUCGAAAUCGCGAUCAUAUUUCUUACCGAGGCGUCACUUCGAAAGUGUGCUUUGACAACAGCCUCAUUAGUCUGAGUAGCCUUGAAGGAGAGCGCAGAGGUCAAGAUGAUGUAGCUACGGUGGAGGUUGAGAAUGAGAGGGAAUUCGAGGCUGGAGUGGAAGAGGAGGAAGAAAACUUAGGUGCUAUUCGACAUCCCAGAGGUUUGCCUACUCCUGCAGUGCUUCGAUGGCUUGCAAAUACGCAACAGGCUGCUGCAGAAGCCAUACAAAUAGCCCCCACCUCUACAGCCUCUGGUAUCUUACCUCUUCUCAAUGAUGGGGCUACUAGUAGCAACAACAAUUGCGAUGAUGGAUGUAGUUUAUCGACUGGAAUGGACGCUUUUAUUCGAGCCUCAACGACGCCAGUCUCUUCCAUGCCUCAUGCUGCCUGUCGGUUAGGCCUCGAUCAACCUAGUACUCCGUAUAUUUCACAUUUAUCAUCCACGAGCAACGUUACCUGUAGCCAUGCUAAUUCAGAGCAGAUUCAAGCAACGGUCUUAGUCCAAUCCAAGAUUAAAAAACAAUCUAAAACCAGGAUAAUGGCGGGAGACUCAGCCUCUUCUGAGGCUGGCAAUCCAACGCUUGUUUCAUCCGGCCUUCUAUCAGAAACUGUGUCCGAGGCUAUUAUUUCGGACAUAUUGUUACCCACUUCGUCCAUUAGCAAUGCAGACACCCUUAGAGGCGGUGAUACUACCCCUGGCGCUUCUAUUUUGCCUGUGGCCACUGAAGAGAAAAGCAAGCAAACCACUGAUCAGUAUAGAGAAGAGCCGUCAAUUAUAACUACUUGUAAAGAUGGCCGUCUCACCACCGGACCUGAACAUCAACAUUUAAAUGGCCUUCAGCAGACAAAAGAUCCUGUAGAUUCCAGCACUCUUAUCAUUGGGCCGUCACCGAGCACAGUUCGCCUGAUUAAUCAUCGGCCUGGCGAGAACCUUGGGAUACAGAUCAAACCAGUUUUCUUUGAGACCUCUCGGCAGCUGUCAGGCGAUGUAGGAAUGAAUACUGUGGGGACUUUACUAGCUGGUGGGAAAAUGUAG